GUGACUCGUCACUCCGCGCUGGAAGAUGGCUGCGGUGGAGCGGACCCAGGUUAAGGAAGGGUUCCGGAUAGCUACACUGUGCGUGUUCUGGUACACGGUCAGCUCGGGGGGAAACGUCGUUAACAAAAUCAUCCUGAAUGGCUUCCCGUACCCGGUCACCGUCUCUCUGUUCCACAUCGUCUCCAUCGUCGUCUUCCUCCCGCCGCUGCUGCGGGCAUGGGGAGUCCCCAAAACAGAGCUGCCGAGCAGGUACUACCGAUGGUACAUCCUGCCUCUAGCUUUCGGGAAGUACUUUGCAUCGGUGUCGGCUCACUUCAGCAUAUGGAAAGUGCCCGUGUCGUACGCGCACACCGUCAAAGCCACAAUGCCAAUAUGGGUUGUGUUGUUAUCGAGAAUCAUCAUGAAGGAGAAGCAAACCACAAAGGUGUACGUAUCGCUCAUUCCCAUCAUUGGCGGAGUGCUGCUGGCCACCGCGACUGAGCUCUCCUUUGAUGUUUCUGGGCUGAUCAGCGCUCUGGCCGCCACGCUCUGCUUCUCUUUGCAGAACAUCUUCUCCAAAAAGGUGUUGCGCGACACACGGAUCCACCACCUGAGGCUGCUCAACAUCCUGGGCUUCAAUGCCGUGUUUUUCAUGCUGCCCACCUGGGUUCUGGUGGACCUCUCUGUGUUUCUUGUGAAUGGAGACCUGUCCAGCGUUUCGGAAUGGACCGGUACCUUUUUCCUCCUGCUCAUCAGCGGCUUCUGCAACUUCGCCCAGAACGUCAUCGCCUUUAGUGUACUCAACCUCGUCAGCCCGCUCAGCUACGCCGUCGCCAACGCCACCAAGAGGAUCAUGGUCAUCAGCAUCUCGUUGCUAAUGCUGCGCAACCCGGUCAGCUCCACAAACGUGCUGGGUAUGAUGACAGCGAUAGUCGGGGUUUUCCUCUACAACAAGGCCAAGUAUGAUUCUAACAAGGAGAAGAAGCUGCUGCCGAGCUCCAAGCAGGACCUGAUGACCUUUGACAACCCGGCGCUGGAGAAGAUCCAGGCCAACGGGUCAGUGCCUUUCUCCCACGGCUCAGAGCAGCAGCACAGCUGGAACAACGUGCUGACUGACCACUUUCAGUACAGCAGACAGGCAUACACGUCAAACUACAGCAACAACCACCAAUAUGUGGUCUAAAGGAGGAGUGUCCUCGCUCUGGGUAGCUGUCAUAGACAUUACUGUGUGUAGCCGCCCUCCCAGCAGCUGUUCUUCAAAGCUGCACUUCAAAUAUGAGACCGAAGGCAAGUGCUGUUAGUUCUGGAUAGGAAUAAUGAGACGAGUCUAUCAUGAAAGGGCCAGUGACACCACCUCUCCCACGCUCCUCCAUGUCUAAACUUCACUUUCUGACAGCUUUGCUCUGUGUUGUUAUUUAUUACUUUGGUACUGACUGUGGGGGACAACAAAACAAAAUCAUAUCAGCCAUUUUCAGAUGUUUUGGUUAUCGAUUGAUACAUGUUAACCAAACGUGUCGCCGCAGACUGGAGAUGUGACAGUCGUUGAGUGGAAUAAUUUGCACCUCACUGCGUGGAACCUGCCAUAAAUUGUUUUGGGUUAUUUUAUUUAUGUGCAGAGGAAAACAUGUCAGCUGUAAUUAUUUACUGUGAACUCUAACUUGCACCAAAAGUCUGUCAUGUUACAUUUAGUAACGGACAAAGUUUAGAGGAAGGCCUUAACAUUUUGGUUUUAGGCAAAUGUUAAGGAUUGUCUUUUUUCUUUUUUAUCAUCAGGCACCUGUCAUGAUGUGAGGAGGAGAAAAUGUUUAAAGCCACUGAUAACUUUUAUGAAGUGGUUCAAAAAUACAAGUGCCAGAUGAAUAAAAAUCUCCAAAUUAAAGAAUCUAAUCAUUGUUGAACUGAUGCUCAUAAACUUGUUGCACACGCAGAUCAGUCGAACUUUACCAGCAAGUGUUUUUUACCGCCGCUGUUGAAAAUAUGCUUUUCAAACCUGCUUUUCAAACUUCCAUUUAAACUUAAAGCGAGACGAGUUCUGUUAUCCAGAACGGUCGAUGACCUACCAACAGAUCUGCCCUUUUCCCCACAAGGUAAAAAAUGUUUACUGUUUGUUUUCAUGAGGUUUAAAUGUAAAUGUUAGUUUAAAAUUAGCAGUACCAAAACAAAGCAUCCUUGUAAAAUGCACGACGACAGCUUGCAAACUUUAUGGAUGCUGUUUGUUGAAUCUUUUCUUAGAGAGGCUAACCAUGUAAAAUGUGAUAGAGAUGUUAAAAUGUAUUACUUUCUUGUCAUAGUUUGGAUUUGAAGCGUCAAUUUAAAACAAUGCAUCUUUUUUUUAGAAAUUGAUUAUUGGUAUUUAUUGAUCUGUGAAGCUUCUCAGGCAGGAGUGAGAUGAUCUCUCACCUGUCAGGCGACUUGUGAGCCUGAACCAAAGGUGCUCUCUUGUUGAUGUUUUUUUUUUUUUUUUGAGUUUUUUUUUAAACAGAGGCCCUUAUCGAGUUUGCACAUCAUUAAACAACUACAGGUGUGAUGCAGAUUGUGACUUUAUAGUUGUGGUGAUUUUGUAACAAUGGUGUCGGACGAUCACCAAACAGACUUGAUUCAAAAUCAGAGGUGCGUGAAAUCAGAGGUUUGGCUUGUGGAAUUAAAAGAUUGAACUGUAAUUUCAGAUGGACUAGAGGCUUGAUGAUCAUUAUUGAUUGCUGCAUUAGAUAAAUUGGUAAAUUAUGAUAAUUUAUAGAUUUAAAAGCAUUUUUAUACUACUUAAAGAGCUUUUUAAUUAAAAUUGUUUUCUUGCAAAUAGCUUCUGUUACAGCAUCUGAGCAAAAAAAAAAAGAUAAAAUUGAUAAAAUAUGGUUC